CGACAGGUACAAAAAGAAUGGUAAGAAGCUUGUCCAUAGCCCUGUCCGGGCUCUUCCUUCUCUUUGCUACCACCUGCAGCGCCUUUUCACCUCCCUCCCAGCAUGCGUCUCCGUCCACACGGGCACCCGCCCCUACCACUUCUACCCCGCCUCCCAUGGCCAUGGAAAGUGUCGGAAGGGCUGGGGCGGUGUUUGGACAGCUCGGUGGUGCGUUGGCAGCGUUGGGGGUGCUGGGUUUGCCGUCUCUUCCAGCCGUGGCGGCCCCGCGUCAGCUGGAGUACAUGCCGGGCAUCGAAGGUCGGGGAUACGGAAAGCCCCGCACAAAAUACCCGGAUUUCUCCCAGACCCCGUCCGGUCUUCAAUACAAGGACGUGCGGGAAGGGAAAGGAAACUCGCCCACGGUGGGGGACCGAGUGGUGAUGGAUUGGGAAGGGUACACGAUUGGCUACUACGGCCGCCCCUUCGAAGCGAAGGGGAAGACCAAAGGCGGGGCCUUCGACUCCGCCGACAAGGAAUAUCUCCGCUUCGUGCUGGGGAAAACGCCGAUGAUACCGGCCUUGGAAGAGGCCCUUCAAACCAUGAAGCCCGGGGGCAUCCGUCAGGUCAUCGUCCCUGCCGAGCUCGGUUACCCUGUCAAUGAUCCUGGCCACGAUAGGGUGGGGCCUAAACCCUCAACCUUCUCGGGGCAGCGGGCGCUGGACUUUGUCUUGACGAACCAGGGGCUGGUGGACAAGACG